CCGACACCAGGUACCGGGUUACGGACUACGGGUUAGGGCUGAAGUUCGCUUGUUUGUCGUACGUGUUUACAUUUGCCAUUGUAAUUAAUGUUUUGUUCCAUUCUAUUUUCUGUCCAUGAUGUUUGUACCCCUCGACUAAUUGGUGCUUCCACUAAUUACAGAUCCGACGAUAAUACGUAUGCUUCGCGAGGCCGACAGACAGUGUGCUCCGGUGAGCCGCCCGACGACACCUACAACGUCUCAGUGCGCCGCAUAAAGACUGCCCACAGCUGCGAGCAGCUGCGUUACCUGGUCCACCGAAUUCAAUGGAGGAACAAUUGUAAAAGCAGUUAUGAGGCGCAGGUGGCCCCCGCGCCCAGAAGCCAAACCAGCGAAAGUGGCCGUCUCAACAAUAAGCUAAAUAUUAAUAAGUGCCUCGUGGAAAGCCCACAACAGCAACUGCCAUUAGACAUCUACGGCUAUUUGCAACUGGCCAACAGCUAUUACGAACGGGGGUUGCAGGCCAACAUCAAGUACCUUCAAUCGAUUGGCCAGCGGGAGCGUAAUGCAAUAAGGCCGUCGUCGGGCUUAUUCUGUGAUGCAAGGCAGCGCAGCGAGAUCCCAGUUCAAAAGUUGAGCGGUCGACUGCUUACGCUGCUCAAGAGUUUGCGAGGCAAGGCGGCCAAUGAGCAGGUAGGUUACCCGGGUAUUUGGGUAACCAUAAGGUCGGUCAAGCGAGAGGAGCAAACAAAGAAGAAGCAGGGGCUAGAGGAGGAGGACUUUGACUCAGAGGAGCAGGAAGGGGGGCCGUCGGAGCAUCUGGAUAGCAUGUGUGAUUAUUAUGAUCUAGGCUGUACAACUACAGAAUCAGGUGGACUAACAGAAACGUCAGCCGGAGGCGUCGCACUCUCUGCAUCCAGAGCUACAACAGCCACUCCAACGAGUGAAGCUGCUAUAUUUCAAGCCACAUUCACAUCUGAUCAACGACGUCUUUUUGAGAUCAUCGACAAUCUGAGCCACCUCAGCAUUGGCGAUCCCAGUAGACGCAGGCAACAACUAACACUGACCCUUCCCCAAAUUACACUUACCGAUUGCACCGCUCAACAGGUGGCGCUCCAUAGUGCCAGCUUCGACAUUGCCACGCUGCAGAUACCCAACGAAGCCAGACCACCGAAUCUCAAAGUGAAUGCCACGUAGAAUCAAUAUAAAGAGGAACAA